GUAUCUCAUCCUCUCUGAUCAUCUCUGAUACUCAUACGGGACGGAGCGUAAAGAUUGUUAGGUUAGGUUAGUUAAGAUGUGCAAAUUUUUAAAUAAAAGAUUACAGUUUAAUUGAAUUUACCAUUUAAAAAUGAAAACCUCACGAGCUAAAAAAGCCCGGAAAACGCUUGGAUUUUAUGUAAACAAUUACAAGUUUCGUCAACCAUUUCAAGUACUUAUCGAUGGCACAUUUGCGUUUCUCGCUUUACAGAACAAAUUUAACAUUCAAGAACAGAUUACAAAAUACUUUCAAUCUGAAAUAAAGCUGCUAACAACAGCGUGUAUCAUUUCAGAGACUGAAAAACUUGGUAUAUUCUCUCCAGCAGUUAAUGGUGCCACGCAAAUAAUAAAGCAAUAUGCUGUACACAGAUGUGGACAUGAAAAGAAACCAAUAAGCGGCUCAAAAUGUUUACAAUUUAUGAUAGGAAAAAACAAUAGUACAAGAUAUAUCAUUGCAACGCAAGAUCGUGAGCUUCAGGAUAAAUUGAGGAUGGUUCCUGGCGUUCCUAUUAUUUAUUUACAUGGAAAAGCACCUACGCUAGAAUCUCCUUCAGAGACGAGCCGUAAACACGCUGAAGCUAUGCAAAAAGGUUUGGGUAUGACUAUAUGGGAAAAAGAAAACGUAAAAGUAUUACGAGAGCAAGCAGGACUAGAAGAGAAAGAAAGUAAAUUGAAGAAGAAAAAGAAAAAAGGAGGCCCAAAUCCGCUUAGUUGCUUGAAGAAAAAGAAAAAACUGGCAUCAACGAUAAACAAAAAUGGUACAAAAUCUGGCAAGGUCAGGAAAAGAAAAAUUAAAAUAGCUCCACACGUCAAAGAUGUUCUACUAACAGAACUGAAAAGUAAACAUAGAACAUAGAAUUGUAUUAUGAAUCAUACGAAUCUUAAAUAUUUAUUCUGUGAAUAUAAUUGUAAAACCACAAUAUGUAAGAAGUAAAAUUGUUAAAAAAUAGGAA